AUGCCACCAGAAAAAGAUUGUUUAAUAGUAGCAGUAAUAAGAAAUGAAAAUGAAGUAAGUGAUGAAGCAUCAAGUUUACAGGUGGUCAUUGAGGAGGUAACUACUACAAAUAGUGUAAGCAUGCAGCACAUCACUGACGAGGUGACGAACGAAAACAGUGUAAGUAUACUAGGAAGAAAGAGAACGUACUCUGAGGUUGAAAUAAACGCGGUAAGCACGUCUCCAAAAAGAGCACGUACAACCAGUUCUUCUGAGAAAAGUGCAAAUGAUCACUCGUAUUGUAUAAAAUCUCCUCGUAGAGCGAGGAGGCAAGUGGAUUAUCUUAUAGAUACAGUUGGAAAUCUAAAGAAGAGAUUGAAAUCAUCUCAGAAGAAAACCAAGAGAAGGGAUAGAAAGGUUAGCAUGUUGGCUUCAGUGGUAAGUGAAUUAAAAGAGAAAAAUCUAAUCAAUAGUGAUUGUGCAGCCCUUUUAGAAACGACUUUUUCUGGAGUUCCUAGGGAACUCACGAAAAGGUUAGUGACAAAAUAAAAAGAAAAAUCCUGGGGCAUAUCCACCAGAGCUUAGAUCAUUUGCCCUGACCUUGAAAUUUUAUUCUACAAAUGCGUAUAACUAUGUUCGGAAUAGUUUUGAUUUAGGGCUGCCACAUGUAUUUUUGAUUCGGUCGUGGUAUAAUUCUAUGAAUGGCGAACCAGGUUUCACUAAGAACGCAUUGGCGCGGCAUUGAGAGCCAAAGUUCUAGCUGAAGAACGAGAUAACCAAGAAGUUGUUUGCACACUUAUGCUUGAUGAGAUGUCCAUACGCAAACAUGUCGAGUGGGAUGGUAAGCAGUUCCGCGGUUACGUUGACCUUGGUACAGGCAUCAAUGACGAUUCGCUACCCGAAGCGACAACUGUUACCUGA